AUGCUCACCCACCGUAGUCUUCGCACCCCGCUGAAAAGUGCUCGCACUCUCAGCGUGUCAGCGAUCACGCGCAGGGACAAGACGCACAGCACGUCCCAGAAGAUCUUGCCCUGCCGUGUCCAGAUCAAACCCGCGUCCGCGAGGAUCGGCCGCUUCAUGUCGACGGAGAUGAAGUCCGUCCCUUCUGUCCGACCGCGCAGCCUCCCCUCCUUCUCGACCGAAGGCAAAGUCUGCGUUGUAACCGGCGCCGCCCGUGGCCUGGGAAACAUGAUGGCAUCCUCGCUGAUCGAAAGCGGCGCCAGUCAACUGGUGAUCCUGGACCUGAACGGCGGUGAAGCGCAAAAGGCGGCCGAUGAGCUUGCCGCGUCCUUCGGCGAUGCCGAGAUCGAGGCUCUCGGUCUAGCCUGCGACGUGAGCAAUGAAUCCUCAGUCCAGGAGGCCUUCGCGACUAUCGAGGCGAAAUUCGGACGCGUCGAUAUCCUCGUGACUGCCGCUGGGAUCGUCGAGAACUUUCACGCUGACCAGUAUCCCACGAACCGGGUGAAGAAGCUCCUCGAUGUCAACGUCAUGGGCACUUGGUUCUGUGCGCGAGAGGCGGCGAGACUCAUGCCCGUCGGUGGGAGCCAGGUGUUGAUUGGGAGCAUGAGUGGGAGUAUUGUCAACGUUCCCCAGCCGCAGACGCCGUACAACUUCUCGAAGGCGGCGGUGCGGCAGAUGGCACGCUCGCUUGCUGUCGAGUGGGCGGGGCGCGGUAUCCGCGUCAACUGCAUCAGCCCAGGAUAUAUGCUCACAGCACUCACAAAGGCCAUCCUCGACAAGGAUCCUGUGCUGCGGGAGACGUGGGUCAGCAAGAUCCCGCAGGGCCGGAUGGGCGACCCGUCCGACCUCAAGGGCGCCCUGGUUUACCUUGCCAGCGACGCAUCCAAGUACACUACGGGCUCGGAGCUCGUCGUCGACGGCGGCUACACGUGUGUUUAG